GUACCGGAGACUGACGACCUCGAAAGGCUCGGUGAUAGUAUUCAAGGAAUUGUCACGGACGACGCACCACAAAAUGGCCGAGACCGCGACCAAGCAGGCGACCCCGUCCUUUGUCGGGACCAGCAAGGUCGUCCAGACCGAUUAUCCCCUCAUUGACAACGACCCUCACUUCAAGCGAGUCGUUGGAUAUGCCCGAACCUCCGAUUACCUCGCCGGCACUGCCGCUGCCGCUUUCGCUCCUGCAGCCCUCUAUGCUCUUGAGAAAUUCGCCCCAUCACACGUAGGAAAGGGUGGUUUCGCCAAGGCCAUGCGAUUGGCCGGAGGCAUUGGUGUCUUGGGCGGUUUUCUCUACUUCUAUCAAAGAUCGGCCCUCCGAUUCUACGGUGCUACUGAGAAUUCCCGCGAGAUUGAGAUGGACAUGCGCGAGAUGGUCGAUAAAGUUAAGAAGGGAGAGCCUCUUUAUGGUGCUAGCCGACUAAGCCCUCAUCUUCAGGGUGUCGCUGCCAGGCAGAGCAGGUACUCUGCUCUAUUCCUGAGCACGAUCCCCUGGUUCAACUUUGUGAACCACAACCAGCAUGGUGUUGACACGGCCAAGUACUAUCAACAGGCUGAGCGGGAACUGGAGGCGGAGCGCUAGCGAACAAGUGUAGCGGUAAAGUUAAAGCAUGCGCCGAUGAAAGGUCAAGAGAAAAGGGGUGUACAUUACCAGCGGAGGAGGGCACUGCCUCAGUGGCCUGGCGAGUUUUCUUGGAGAUGCGUGGAAAUAAAUUCCUUGAACCCUUAUUAUUUUCUGCAAGUACAGGUUGAGUGUGUUUUGAAGUUGAUUUUGGAGAACA